AUGAUGGAUCAAUUUGAAAUUGAAGCUUCAUCGUCAUAUCUAUCCAAUGGAUGGAAUAUCAUUAAUCAACUACCUUUAUUAUCAUAUUCCAAUUCGGUUGCAACUUUAUCUGAGUAUAAUAAUACUCAAAGUUUUAUAAAUUCAUCAUGGCUCAAUUGUUAUACUAAAUCGGAUGGGUGGGGUCCUUUAUCUUCAAAAUAUAAUGAUUUGACACCAUGUUUUCUACAGGGUAUUUUGUUUGGCAUAUCAUCAAUUUUAAUGAUCACUACUGGUAUUUAUCAAUUAUAUUACCUUAAAAAUAAAAAAAUAAGUAUUGCAAAUAGAGUAGCUUGGAAUUUUUAUACAAAAUUAUUAUUGGUUGUAAUUCAACUUGUAUUUCAAGUCUUGUUAGUUUUUACUACUUAUUAUACUGGUAUUAUCAAAAGUUCAUUGGUAUUAAAUGUCGUUGCCACUUUUGUUGCUUUAUUUAUUCAUUAUCUUGAACAAUUUAAAUCUACUAUACCGAAUGGUGUGCUUUUAUUUUAUUGGUUAUUUCAAAUUAUCUUGAAUUUAAGUAGAAUUGGUAAUUUAUAUUUAAGAAAACAUAUGGAUACCCAUUUUGCAAGUAUUGUUGUACUAUCAACUGUUGAUUCAUUAUUGAUAUUAGUUAUUGAAAUUGCAUUCCCAAUGAAACCAUUAGAUUAUUACAACAGAUUAUAUAAAGUAUCUCCAUAUGAUGAAGCUAAUGUAUUUUCAAGAAUCACAUUUGAUUGGAUGGGUGGAUUAAUGAAGAAAGGAUAUCAUAAAUUUCUUGUUGAAAGUGAUUUACCUCCAUUACCUAAAGAGUUAAAAGCUACAAGAACUUCAAAUUUAUUCAAUCAUUAUUGGAAUAAACAGCCAAUGCAUAAAAAGUCAUUAUUUUGGGCUAUUUCUCAAGCUUUUGGUUUACAAUUUUUACUUGGUGGUGUUUUUAAAGCUGCUCAAGAUUCUUUAGCUUUUGUUCAACCACAAUUGCUUAGAUUGUUAAUUAAAUUUGUUAAUGAUUAUUCAAAAUCAAUGAAAAAAGGUGAACCAAUUCCACUUACUAAAGGUUUGAUGAUUGCUGUCUCUAUGUUUAUUGUUUCUGUUGUUCAAACUGCUUGUUUACAUCAAUAUUUUCAAAGAGCCUUUGAUUUAGGUAUGAAAAUUAAAUCAUCAUUAACAUCUACAGUUUAUGAUAAAUCAUUAGUUUUAUCGAAUGAAUCAAAACAAGAAAGUUCAACUGGUGAUAUUGUAAAUUUAAUGUCUGUUGAUGUUCAAAGAUUACAAGAUUUAGUUCAAAAUUUACAAAUUAUAUGGAGUGGUCCUUUCCAAAUUGUAUUAUGUUUAUAUUCUUUACAUGGUUUAAUUGGUAAUUCAAUGUGGGCUGGUGUUGCAAUUAUGUUAAUUAUGAUUCCAUUAAAUGCCGUAAUUGCAAAAAUUCAAAAGAAAUUACAAAAGUCACAAAUGAAAUAUAAAGAUCAAAGAUCAAGAUUAAUUAAUGAAAUUUUAAAUAAUGUCAAAUCUUUAAAAUUAUACGGUUGGGAAUCUCCAUAUUUAAACAGAUUAAAUUAUGUUAGAAAUGAUUUAGAAUUAAAAAAUUUGAAAAAGAUGGGUAUUUUUAUGGCUGUUUCUAAUUUUACUUGGAAUUUAGCUCCAUUUUUAGUUUCUUGUUCAACUUUUGCUGUAUUUGUAUUAACUCAAAAAAAGAGUUUAUCUACAGAUUUAGUAUUUCCUGCAUUAUCAUUAUUUAAUUUAUUAAGUUUCCCAUUAGCUGUUGUUCCUAUGGUUAUCACUAAUGUUGUUGAAGCACAAGUUGCAAUUGGUAGAUUAACUAAAUUUUUAACUUCUAGUGAAGUACAAAAUGAUGCAGUUAUAAAAGCUCCUAAAGUAUCUACAAAUGGUGAAGUUGCAGUAAGUAUUAAAAAUGGUACCUUUUUAUGGUCAAAAUCUAAAUCUGAUCAAAACUAUAAAGUUGCUUUAAGUAAUAUUAAUUUACAAUCUAAAAAGGGUCAAUUGGAUUGUAUUGUUGGAAAAGUUGGUAGUGGUAAAUCAUCAAUAAUACAAGCUAUAUUAGGUGAUUUGUAUAAAUUAGAUGGUGAAGUUGUAUUACACGGUAAAGUAGCAUAUGCUUCACAAGUUCCAUGGAUUAUGAAUGGAACAGUUAAAGAUAAUAUUUUAUUUGGUCAUAAAUAUGAUGCAGAAUUUUAUCAACAUGUAUUAAAAGCAUGUGCGUUGACUGUUGAUUUAGGUAUUUUACCAAAAGGAGAUAAAACUGAAGUUGGUGAAAAAGGUAUUUCAUUAAGUGGUGGUCAAAAGGCUAGAUUAUCAUUAGCAAGAGCAGUUUAUGCAAGAGCUGAUGUUUAUUUAUUAGAUGAUCCUUUAAGUGCAGUUGAUGAACAUGUUGGUAGACAUUUAACUGAUCAUGUUAUUGGUCCAAAUGGUUUAUUAAAAUCAAAAUGUAAAAUUUUGGCAACUAAUAAUAUUAAAGUUUUGAGUAUUGCCGAUAAUAUUCAUAUGGUUUCAGAUGGUAGAUUAAUUGAACAAGGUACUUAUGAUGAAUUAUUUAAACAAGAAAAUUCAAAAAUUAAAGCAUUGAUUGAAUCAUUUGGUAAAAAAAGAGAAGAAACUCCAGCAAAUGAAGAAGAACAAAAAAAUAACGGAGAAGUCGAAGUUAAAGAUGAUAUUAAUUUACAAGAUUUGGAUUCUGAUUGUGAUUUAGAGGUUGAAAGCUUACGUAGAGCUUCUGAAGCUUCAUUUAUACCUGAUGAAGAAAGGGGUUUACAAGGUGAAGAAGAUGAAGAAGUGAAAGCUAGAAGGGAACAUUUUGAACAAGGUAAAGUUAAAUGGGAUGUUUAUACAGAAUAUGCAAAGGCAUGUCACCCAAUUAAUGUAAUUAUAUUUUUAGGUUUUGCAUUGGGAUCUUAUUUAGUUAAUGUUGCUUCAAAUGUUUGGUUAGAACAUUGGUCAGAAAUUAAUUCAAAAUAUGGUUAUAAUCCAAAUAUUCCAAAAUAUUUAGGUAUUUAUUUCUUACUUGGUGUUGGAUAUUCAUUAACUUCAUUACUUCAAAAUACAUUUCUUUGGAUUUUUUGUACAAUUGAAGGAUCUAAAAAAUUACAUAAUUCAAUGGCUCUUUCUGUGUUAAGAGCACCAAUGUCAUUUUUCGAAACUACACCAAUUGGAAGAAUAUUAAAUAGAUUUUCAAAUGAUAUUUAUAAAAUUGAUGAAGUUUUAGGAAGAGUUUUCAAUAUGUUUUUCAGUAAUGCAAUUAAAGUUUUCCUAACUAUUGUGAUUAUUAGUUUUUCAACUUGGCAAUUUAUAUUUUUGAUAUUACCCUUGGGUAUUUUAUACAUUUAUUAUCAACAAUAUUAUUUAAGAACUUCAAGAGAAUUGAGAAGAUUAGAUUCUGUUUCUAGAUCACCUAUAUUUGCCAAUUUUCAAGAAUCCUUAACUGGUGUAUCCACAAUUAGAGCAUAUGGUAAAGAAGAAAGAUUUAGAUUUUUAAAUCAAAAUAGACUUGAUAAAAAUAUGUCAGCUUUCCAUCCUGCAAUUAAUGCAAAUAGAUGGUUAGCCGUUAGAUUAGAAUUUUUAGGUUCAAUUAUUAUUCUUGGUGCUGCAGGUUUAAGUAUUUUAACUUUAUCAAGUGGACAUUUAACUGCUGGAUUAGUUGGUUUAUCAGUUUCUUAUGCUUUACAAGUUACUCAAUCUUUAAAUUGGAUAGUUAGAAUGACUGUUGAAGUUGAAACUAAUAUAGUUUCAGUUGAAAGAAUUUUAGAAUACUCAAGAUUAAAAUCAGAAGCUCCAGAAAUUAUUGAUUCAAAUAGACCAACUUCAGAUUGGCCAUCAAAUGGUGAAAUUAAAUUUAAUAAUUAUUCAACUAAGUAUAGACCAGAAUUGGAAUUAGUUUUAAAAGACAUUAAUUUAGAUAUUAAACCACAAGAAAAAAUUGGAAUUGUUGGUAGAACAGGUGCUGGUAAAUCAUCGAUUACACUAGCUUUAUUCAGAAUAAUUGAAGCAUUUGAAGGAAAUAUUACAAUUGAUAAUAUCAACACUUCAACUAUUGGUUUAUAUGAUUUAAGACAUAAAUUAUCAAUUAUACCACAAGAUUCACAAGUAUUUGAAGGUACAAUUAAAUCUAAUCUCGACCCAACAGAUGAGUAUAAUGAUGAUCAAAUAUGGAAAGCGUUGGAAUUAUCACAUUUAAAAGAUCAUGUAAUGAAAAUGUAUCAUGAGAAUGAAGAUGAAGAAAUAGAUAAUCCAUUAAAUGUUAAAAUAACUGAAGGUGGUACUAAUUUAUCAAUUGGUCAAAGACAAUUAAUGUGUCUUGGUCGUGUUUUAUUAAAGUUAAAUUAUUCAAAUGUUUUAGUAUUGGAUGAAGCUACUGCAGCAGUUGAUGUUGAAACUGAUCAAAUUUUACAACAAACAAUUCGAAAUGAAUUCAAAAAUAAAACUAUUAUAACUAUUGCUCAUAGAUUAAAUACAAUACUUGAUAGUGAUCGUAUUUUAGUUUUAGAAAAGGGACAAGUUGCUGAAUUCGAUACACCUUCAAAUUUAUUAAAGAAUAAAAAAUCAUUAUUCUAUGCAUUAUGCAAACAGGGUGGAUUUAUUGAAGAAGAAGAGUAA